CAGUUAUGUUUCCAGCAUGACAUAAUUGGAUAUAACCUAUCGCGAUUUAAAUAUCGUCGCGGCUGGCUCAUAAAAUUUGUAUAAUGAUAUUAUUUAUUGUGACGUUAUCAAGAUUUUCUGCGAUUUGACAUGAGCUCCCAACAAAUAUUUCAGCUUUCUCAUAAACUCAGAGCAACCUUUAGGUCACUGACAUCCAAAUUUAAUGAGAUUGGCAUUAAAAUUAGGAAUUAUGAAAUGCCUGAGAAAGUUAAGGGCACAUUUCUCGAACGCUGGGCGAAAUAUUGGCAUGGUCUGUAUAUAGAUUACAAGGACGUCGCGUUAGAUGUAGUCAAAGAUUGCACAGAGCGUCCUGUACAUGCUACAAUAUAUAUUACACUUCUAGGAAGCUGCUUUUACUCUAAUCGACACAAUCCAGAUGAAACUAUGUUUAGGGAACAAUUGAUACAAAACAGUAUAAAGUUAAUGCAAGUAGGAGAACCCAUACGCAAUCCUGUCUCUGUACAGCACAUAAAAUGGUUGGAACGAUGCUAUAAUGAAGGAUUAAUCAGAAGGUUAAAUCUAGGAGUUUUGUCUCUGAUUUGGUUGGACAAUUAUGACAAAUAUUGUUCUUCAUACAAGGCUGUCUGCCCUUACUUAAAACCAAGAUAUGUAACUUUCUAUGAAAGAAUAGUGGAUGUAGGCUUUCUAGGAAAGUGGUGGAUAUUAAAUAGGAAGAUGAAAGACUAUGAUGUAAACGAGGCUGAAUUCUGUGUUGCAGAAACUGUAAAUAAUACAGGUACUGUUUCAGCAGCAUGUUAAAAUUUGAUAGGAAGCAAUUGUAUUAUUUAUGUAAAAAAAUAUACAUUUUUUAAGUUUUGAAAAACGAGUAUAUAUAUAUUUGUAAAUUAAUAACUAGAAUACAAAAGAUUUUAAUAUAAAAUCUGUCUAGUAAGUUAACUAUAUUUGUGAAUAUACAGGCACAAUUGUUAGAAUUGAAUAAAUUGAGAGAUCAUAAUAAAUCAUCUCUCUUCUGUUCAGAAUAUAUUGAUUAAAUUCAAUAGAAAAAUAUUUUAAAAUUUAUCCAAAAUAUAUUAAUUCAAUGACUUAGAAUAGAUCGAUAAAUCGAUCGUCUGAGAAAACAAGUUAAAUGCACCAGCAUUUACUGUAAUUCUUUUCUAAGAGAAAUCUAGUUGUACUCACAAGAUCCUUUUUCAGGAUUUAUAUCGCAAUAUAUCUUCUUUAUAAGUUUCCUAAAUGUAUAGACAUUCUAUCGAAUUGUUUUACAAAAAUAUAUGAUACCUACGUUUAUUUAUAU